AUGUAUAAUAAUACAAGUCCAAUAAGACAUCAGGUUAUGUAAGGUCCUCAAAAUAAGUCAGUGUCUCCAGUGUCCAGAUUUCAAAUAAUGGGCAAUAUUCAACCACCUCCUGGGAUGAAAACAGUGCUCAAGCCCAAAGUAUAUGAAGUAGUUGAAGUGCCUCUAAAUCAUUACACGUCGGUGCCGUCCUUCCAAACACCUCAAUAAUAGUAAUAUGAUCCCGAGUUGCAAAGGAGGAUCAAGCAAGUGGAACAAGAAUCAUUUAUUUGCAGACAGAAAAUUGAAUAAGAUUAAAGAAAUGAUAAAUUUUAACAGCUCAAUGAAAAAAUUAGAUAACAAUAAUAAGAAAUUGAAAGGCUCAAGUCAGUCAAUGACCCAAAUCUUAGAUUGCUCAAGGAACAAUGCGAUUAUUACUUUAAUCAAUCACAAUAGGCGGAGUUGGAGAAAAAUGAAUUGAUACUAAGACUCAAAUAAAACGAGCAACAAAUGUAAAAGAUCUAGCAAUCGUAAAUACACAUAAGCGAGAAGGAUGUUAAAUAUAAUCAAUUAUACAAUGAGCAUGAGUAAUUGAAGUAGAUGUAUCAAAGUCUUGAAAAUUAAUUGUAAUAACAAAUGGACAAGCAGAAAACAGAAUGCGAUAGAAUUUACAAUUAGAAUUUCUCGUAAAUCAAAUAAAAUUCUGAAUUGAGGAGCAAACAAUUUGAUGAUUAGAUCUCGAAGUUACAAGAGGAAUUGAAUAAUGCAAUCAAUGAGGUUGAAGUUUGGAGAUAAAAGUAUCACAAAGGGGAUAUCAAUCACAUGAAUCAAACUACAAGAAUUAAUGAAUUGGAAUUGAUCAAUUUACAUCAGAUCAAAGAAAUUGAAAGAUUGCAAUAACAGAAUACUAUGAAACAAUAAGAGAAUGAUUCACUGCAGUAGAAAAUUACUUACUUGGAAUUCAAUUAUUAACAAAUUUCAUCCUCAGGAUUAGAUAGUGAAGUCAAGAGACUUAAAGAACAACUGGAGUCAAGAUAGAGAGAGAUAGAUGAUUUAAAAAGGAGGAAUACUGAAAUUGAAUAGAAUUUACUGAGGUUGAAGGAUCAUGAAAUCUAAAUUGAAAUUAUCAAAUAGAGAAAUUAAUCAUUUGAAAACUAAUUGCAGGAGUCUGAUCGAUUCAAACAUUAAUAUGCAUCUUAACUUAUUGAACUGGAGGAGUUACGUAACAAAUAAAUUAGAUUGGAAAACAAUGUUAAUGAUCUAAGAAGGAAUGAGUAUAGACAACAAUCUGAGAUUAAUAGAUUGAAUGAUUUAGUAAGAGUCAAGGAUGAGGAGAUCAAUAAAUUGUAAAUAGAUUAUAAAAGGAAUAUGACAUAAAUGACUUAACAAAUGAAUUCAUUUAGGUCCUUAUUUGAACGAGACAUUGAUACAUUAAACAUGAAUAGGAAUAGAUUAGAUAUGGAGAAUAAGGAAUUGAUUGACUAGAGAUUGCAACAAUUGAAUGAGGAAUUGAAUCUGACCAAAAAGGAUAGAGAAUAAUUACAAUUAGCGUGUUCUUAAUUAACAUAGACUAAACUUGGAUUAGAAAAUAGAAUCAUUGUGUUGUAGGGAGAAAUAGAUAGAUUGAAUCAAUUAGUUAAAACACAAAGCAAUGAGAUCAAUCAUCAUUUACAGACAUUGGAGUUGUAGAAUGAUUAAAUUGAGCAGUUCAGAUAAUAAAAUGAAAUUUACAAAAAAGAGAUGGAUCUCUUUAAAACUAACUCUAAUUCAAACUUCUUUUAAUCGGGAUCCCAGAAAAAGUUUGACUUCAUUCCUAAUCAACAUUCAGAUUCUAAUUGGAAUUUAUGA